AUGAUGGACUUAAAUAAUGGUUGGUUUGAAACUUUAAGUUAUCCUGUAGUAGAUCAUCAACAACAAACAUAUGUAACAAAACAUGAUUUAAAUUUAUUACAUAAAAAAAUAAUUGCUACUGAUUUAAUCGUACAAAAAUAUCAAGAUGCUAAUAAAGCUCUAUUAAGAUUACAAACUGAAAAUGAUGAUCUUAAACAACAAAUUGAACAAAUUACAAAUGAAUGUUGUAUAUUUGGUAAACAAGUGACAGAAUGUACACAAGAAUGUGAUAAUUUAAAAGAACAAAUUGAAAUAUUAAAUAGUGAAAAACGUGAAUUACAUCAACAAUUACGUUUAUUACAAGAUGAAAAUACGAAUAAUUAUCAUGAAAUUAUGGUUUUAAAACAAUAUGAAUCAUUAAAAGAAACGAAUGAUGACUUAAGUAAAACUGUUAGUCGACAGCAAAAACAGAUAGCAAAAUUAGAACUUCAAGUACAAAGAAAAUUACCUAUUAUUUAUAAGCCAACUAAAGAUAAAAAAGAACCAUCGGAAACAGAUAUUGCUUUAACUAAUUCACAAAAAUCUGUACGUGAACUUAAAUUAGCACUUGCUCGUCUUAUGAAUUUUAUACAAACAUCGAAAAUUGAAAUUCCAACAGCUCUUAAUAUUCGACCUGUUCUUAAAGCGCAUGAUAUAAAUGAUGAUUUCUUAGAAAUCGAAGGUGAAUUGAUUCGUAAACCAGUGAAAAAAGUAUCUAAACCGGUUAUUAGUCAAGCUGACGAUGACGAUGAUGAUGAUGAUGAUGAUAAUGGUGAUUUUAUUGAUGUGAGACAUACUAUUGAAUCCCAACCAGAACCAGAACCUCAACCUCAAUCUGUAAAUAUAACUAAUUCAUCAUUAGAUAUUAUUGAAGAACCUUCCAAACCGUCUUCACGUCGACAACAGAAAAAAAAAGAAAUACCAAAAACAAAAGCUACAAAAAAAUCUUCAACAAAAUCUCGUCGAAAAAAAGAUGUAUCCAUAACAGAAAAUCCAUCAAUAAAAUUAGAUGAUCUUGCUAAUGAACUUGAAAUUGCUUUAUCACAAUCUGAUCACCAACCACAACAACAGCAACAAAAUAUUCCUCAAUUAUUUUCUUUUCUUAGUGAUGAUGAAGAUGAAGAUAAAAUACUAAAGUCAAAUACACAAUCAUUAUCAAUACCUAUGUUUACUCCUAUUACUUUACAAUCAUCAACAAUAAGUUCAACGAUAUCAAUAGUAGAAAAACCAACGAAAUCAAUUACUAAUAACGUAUCCUUUCUUAGUGAUGAUGAAAAUUUAUCGCCUACUAUUGAACAACAGUCUAUGUUUACUUCAUCAUUUAAUCAAACUAGUAUUUCUUCAUUACAAGUUGAUAGUAUAACACCAAUGGAUAUUGAUACAUUCAAUAAACCAACAAAAUAUAUGUCAUUUCUUAGUGAAGAUGAUGAUGAUAAUAAUAAAUCAUGUACAUCUAUAUCAACUUCUUUUACUAAACAACAAUCUAUUAAUCAAGAAUAUAUUUCUUCGUUAGAUUUUAAUCAAUCAAUUAUGAAUAAUGAUAAUAAGUUACCAUCGUCAGAUAAACAAUCAAUAACUCAUAUUCCUGCAACUGAUACAUUACAACAAUCUUUAUCAUCAAACAAACAAAUUGAAACAAUCGUUGAAAAUACUCAAGAUUCGUUAAUAAAUGAUAAACAACAAAUAACAUCAUCCAAUAUUGUAAAUACUCUUGAUUCAAAUCGUAUUCAAAUCCUUUUCCGUUUAUUAAAUGUUCUAACACAAAUACCAGUACCAUUAAAACCAUUACGAUUGGUUCGCCGUCGUAUUCGACACAAAAAGAACUCCGAAAAACAAGUUUCAGUAUUAACGAGUAAUAAAUCAAAUGACGAAAAAGAAGAAACAACACUUAUUCAAUUAUCAGAACAUUCAACUUCUGAACAAAUAGAACAAGAAUCAAAAGCUAUUUCAGAAAUUAUUACAACAAUCAAUAACAUACCGGUUAAUGAACUUUCUAUACCAAUGGAAGAAGAACCAAAAGAUUCUAAAGAAAAUAUUACAGUAACCGAUGAAAUAACGAGCGAACAAGUUUCUGUAUCGAUGGAAGAGCAUUCAAAAUUCAUUACAGAGAAUGAUACAAUAUCUAUUCUCCUACCAGAAAGCCAAAGAUCCAUACCUAUGGAAGAAGAACCAAAACAUACUGAAGAAAGUAAUACAGUGAUUAACGAAAUACGAAACAAUCAAGUAUCUAUAUCAAUCGAAGAGCAACCAGUAACUGCGGAAGAAAGUGAUACAGUGAACAACGAAUUACCGAAAGAUCAAGUUUCAAUAUCAACGGCAGAACAUUCGAAAUUUAGUACAGACGAUGCUAAUACAUUUAUUUAUACGCCGGAAAGCCAAAUUUUUAGAUCAACAGAACAAAAAUUAGAAAGUUCGGAAGAACUUAGUACAAUCAAGAAAGAAAUAUCGAAAGAUCGAAUUUCUGUAUCAACAGAAGAACAACCAAAAUCCAUUACAGCAAAUACUACCACAUUUGUUCACAUACCGGAAAGUCAAAUUUCUAUACUAAUAGAACAACAACCAAAAGCUUCUGAAGAAAAUGAUACAGUUAGCAACGAAAUUGUGAACGAUCAAGUUUCUCUAUUAACAGAAGAAAACCACAAAUCUAUGGAAGAACAUCAUUAUUCUCAAGAAUACAAUUUAACAAUUAAUGUCAUACCUGAAGUACAAGAAAAUCCUGCUGAAGAGAAAUAUGUUAAUGAACAAUUAACAAUGAAUAACGAAUCUUCGAUGAUGAUACCAUUAUCUCCAGAAUUCGAGCUUAUUGUUGAAUCAAUGAAAACCGAACAAACAUCAUCAUCUAAAAACGAAUCAGUAAAAUCAGUACCUCCACCAAUUUUAGAAACGCCUAAACAAUCUUUAUUAAAACCUUUUCAAAUUUCAUUUAUUAAUCGUCUUCUGAAUACAUUAAUUAAUCUACCUGUAAAACCUCUUAUUCUUCCAAUGCCAUAUCCAUUACGAAAAAGAAAACGAAAAACCGUUGUUGAUAAGCCAUCUGUUAUUCGUCCUAAACAAACACCUAAACGAAUAUCUCGUUCAUCAAAUCGUAUGCAAACUCGAACAUUAAAUUCUAUACGAACAUGUAUUGCACGUUGUAAUCAACCAACAAUAGUAAAUCGAAAACGAACAGCAACAGAAUUAAUAUCAGAAUUACCACCAAUACCAAAACGAAUGAAAUCUAUAAGAACGCAACAACAACAACAACAACAACAACAAAAUUCUAAUGAAUAUGAUUUAAUUAUAAAAUUUCUUAAUUCGUUUUCAAAAGAAAUUAAUGAUGAUUUACAAAAAUUUCUUCAACAAAAAUUACAUGAAGAUAUUUUAUUAUUUAAUGAUAAUAUAUAUCGGAUUUUUAGUGAUUUAAUGAUGUAUAGAUGUAAUAUUAUACUUCCACUAGUCAAAAAUCUUCAUCGAUAUGAAGAAUCUAUUAAAUUAUUAUUAGUAUAUAUUCAUAGUCAAUCAUCAGUAUUUCAACAACAUUUUAUCACAAAAUUAAAACAAGCAUUUGAAUUUGAAAUCAAGCAACAACAAAUAUCUAAUAAUCGUAUUAAAAUUUUAAAUCGAUUAUUUUUUCUCACAUGUUCCAUAUUUCCAACAUCAUCAAUAAUUAUAUAUGCUCGUCUAUUUGAUAUAGGUUAUUAUUUAUCUCAUGAUAUUCUUAUUGAUGCAUUAACAUUUAUUUCAAAUAUAUGUUCAUCAUUAAUUUCAAUUGAUUCACAAACAAAUUCAUCGAAUAUUUUACUUCAUCAAAUUUUAUUUGAUACAUUACAAAAUAAUAAAUUUCAUAUAUCAUAUGAAUAUUUAGAAAAUCUUCUCAUUGCUUAUCAUAGAUAUACACAUGAUCAAGAAGAUUUAAUACGUUGUUUUAUAUUAAUAUCUCGUUCUCAAUCAUGGUUAUGGUGUUCAAAUGAAUUAUGUAUGAAAUUUUUAAUUCCAUUAUUAAAUAAAAUUAAUGAUGAUCAACAACGUAUAAUUAUUUUAACCAUUUUACAAUAUAUCUUAUUUAUAUAUAAAGAUAAUGAAGAUUUUAAACGAGAUAUAACAUUUCAUGAUCAGAUCAAACAAUUACUGCGAUCAUUAAAGACAUUAGAUAGUUUUGCAUGUACUGUACGAGAUAAGAUUUUUUUCAUUCUUCAUACUUGUGAUUAA